AGGAGGGGAGGAAGCGCCAUUUCAAAUGGUUCCGUGAACAUGGAUCCGGCCACCAGCAAGGAUCCGGGCCGGCUGCGGCGGCGGCCGGGGGUCGGCGUUGGGGUGGUGGUCACGAGCUCCAAGCACCCUCGGUGCAUUCUGCUAGGGAAAAGGAAAGGCUCUCUUGGAGCCGGCACUUUCCAGCUUCCCGGGGGUCACUUGGAGUUCGGUGAAAGCUGGGAAGAAUGUGCUGAGAGGGAAACCUUGGAAGAAGCUGAUCUUCACCUGAAAAAUGUUCGAUUUGCUUCUGUGGUGAAUUCUGUGAGUGAGAAGGAUGAUUACCAUUAUGUCACUAUAUUGAUGAAAGGAGAGGUGGACAUGACUUAUGAUUCAGAGCCAAAGAACACAGAACCUGAAAAAAAUGAAGGUUGGGAAUGGGUUCCAUGGGAAGAUUUCCCUCCACUAGACCAGCUUUUCUGGGCUUUGCGCUGUUUGAGGGAACAAGGCUACAGUCCUUUUAAGGAAGAAUUGAAUCAUCUGGUGGGCUACAAAGGAAAUCAUCAGUAGAUCACCUGUUCAUCAAUCAAUUAUUUUUAGUAGGGAAAGUUAUAGAGUAUACAAAAAACCCUCACAUGUUCUAGAAAAAUAGUGACGCUUCUGGUUGAAGAUCAGUGGCUUACUUAUUCUGGGAGCAGAGUAAGGGAGGCAACAUUAAAGGAGAGUUUGCCUCAGAGUGAGGAAGACUUGGACUCAACCACUUUGAAGGUUGUGGCUGUUUGCCACCUCAGAGUAUAUAGACUUGAAUUGGGAUGUCAUGGGGAACUCCCAUGAGGGAGUCCUCCCCUAUGGUCCACUCCCUCCUCCUCUAACGAUUGGAAUGACGCCACCUGCUGGAGACUUACUGUAGAAGAGUUCCACCCAUGAAGCGAAGGUCUUUGAGGGCAAGACCAGGAGUCUCUUCUUUGGCAUCAGGAAGU